AUGGCAGAAAGUACUUCAAUCGAAGAAUGGCAUCAAAAAUUAAUUGGAAAGAAAUUAGUUUCUUCUGGUGAAGUUGCAGCUACAGACGAUUCAAAUGUUUUUAAAAUAGAAGAUUUACCUAAAAAUCACCGUGUUAUAGGACCAGAUACGUUUUACAUCAUGAAUUUUGUUCCUGAAAGAUUGAACGUUCAUAUUGAUAAAGAGAAUAAAGUUACUAACGUUAAAUUUGUGGUAGUGGCAGAUGUUGAAGAUGAAGAUGCUGAAUUUUUUGUUGAUUUUCUAUUUGAUAAGAAAAACCAUAUAAAUAAUCCAACCACCGAAAUCCCAAAUACUCCCACUAUUUAUUAA